UGUACACGGGGCGCUGUAGGCUGCAGUUCCCGGCUCGGCCGCUGGGGGCGCUGUGCGGCAGUCAGUUCAGGAGGCGGCGCCGGGAUCCUCUCCCAUAGCAGGAGAUAGAGCGGCGGCGUCGGCGGACACGGAGCUUCUCACCGGACUCCUCACCCGCGGGACCCCGGGACAUGGUGUGGCUGCGACUGGUCUAGACCGGGAACCGGAGGGACAGGAGCCGGGACUUCCCUCCCCAUAGCCCGGACACGCUGUACUGGAGAGCGCGGCCCCGGGGAGCGGCCUGUGAGCAGCGGACAUGUCCGGGAGAAUAGAGAAAGCAGACAGUCAGCGCUCCCACCUCUCCUCCUUCACCAUGAAACUGAAGGACAAGUUUCAUUCACCUAAAAUCAUCAAGAGGACGCCCUCCAAGAAAGGAAAGCCGGCCGACCUCACCGUCAAAACCGAGGAGAAGCCGGUCAAUAAGACUCUCAGCCGGUUGGAGGAGCAGGAGAAGGAAGUGGUCAACGCUUUGCGCUACUUUAAGACGAUCGUAGACAAGAUGGCGGUAGACAAGAUGGUGUUGGUAAUGCUCCCCGGCUCGGCCAGCAAAGUCCUGGAAGCCAUCCUGCCCUUGGUCCAGGCGGACACGCAUUCUCAGCAGAGCACCGCGAUCUCCUCCUGCUACAGCCGGGUGUACCAGUCUCUUGCCAACCUCAUCCGCUGGUCCGAUCAGGUGAUGCUGGAAGGCGUGAACUGCGAGGACAAGGAAAUGGUGGCCACCGUGAAGGACGUCAUAAAGGCCGUGCUGGACGGUGUCAAGGAGUUGGUACGACUGAUGAUUGAGAAGCAGGAACGCCCAUCUCCCACCAGCCCCGUGAAGUCAUCUUUGCCAGCAUGCAAGUCAGACAGCAACCAAGACUUACCAUUAUCGGAGAGAGAACUGGAAAUUCUCAACAAAUCCCCAGAGACAUCUAAGGAAGUUCCUGUAGACUGUGUAGAAACAGAUGAGCUUGCUCCACCCAAACCCCCGUUACCUGGUAUACGAGUUAUGGAUAAUAGUCCGCCUCCUGCUUUACCUCCAAAGAAAAGACAGUCUGCACCUUCUCCCACUCGAGUGGCUGUUGUAGCACCUAUGAGCCGAGCUACCAGUGGCUCUAGUAUACCCCUUGGCACCAGUCCUCAGGAUUUUGAAGUGAAUUGUUACGCUCACCGACGAUUAUCCGGGGGCAGCCAGUCCUAUGGGGGAGAGUCCCCGCGCCUUUCACCAUGUAGCAGUAUUGGAAAACUUAGUAAAUCCGAUGAGCAGCUCUCCUCUCUUGAUAGGGACAGUGGGCAGUGCUCCCGAAAUACCAGCUGUGAGACACUAGAUAACUAUGACCCGGAUUACGAGUUCCUUCAGCAGGACCUGUCCAGUGCCGACCAAGUGCUGGGCCAAGGACCCGGAGUCCUCAGUCCUCUUCCCGAAUCCCUCGGAGAGUCUGGUUCCCCUUUUCAUGGACAAAACUUUCACUUGCCUCCUGGAAGCCCCCAGAACUCUGAAACCUCCCACCCCUCAGUCAUAGAAACCCCGCCUGCGCUACCUGAGAAGAAACGCAGAAGUGCCGUCUCCCAAACCUUUGAAGGCUCCCGUGUCUGCUACGAGCGCCACCCCUCCCAGUAUGACAACAUCUCCGAGGACGACCUGCUGCUGCCCCCUUCCUCUUCUACUCCUUUUGCUGCUGUUUCCCCUUUCCAAUCUGGAAACCCCUCACAGGUGGAGUUCCUGGCGGACUUUGGAGCAGUGGAGGGCGACGAUAUUCCAGAGAAACCACCACCUCUACCGGAGAAGAAGAACAAGCACAUGAUGACGUACAUGCGCUUCGUGGAGGAUUACUCCGAGCCGCAGCCGUCCGUUUUCUAUCAGACGCCUCAGAACGAGCACAUCUAUCAGCAGAAGAACAAGCACCUACGUGAGGUCUACGGCUUUAACGAUUCAUUCAGUGUCCCGGACACGGGCGUCGAGCGGGCCCCGCCACCCGCCCUUCCCCCUAAACAGAGACAGCUGCAGGCCUCCUUUGCUGCUUCUUCCUUCUCCUCUGUCUCGUACUGUGCACAGCCAACCAAAGGGGUCUUCGCACCUGAGGACGGCAGCCACCCUCAGGGCAUCAGUCUGUCCGUCUCUAACUGCUUUCUGAGCCGCCACGGCUCUUUCCCUGUGCCUUCGUACAAAUCUGUUUUCCGUUCCUACUCCCAGGACUUUGCCCCCCACAGUCCUGCCCCUCCCCUGCUGAACCCUGCCAUCUUUUAUUCUUCCCGCUUCUCCCCGGUCCUCCCAGACCAGUUGCCCCCACCCCCAGCUCCUCUGUACCCUCCCUUACCCUCCUCUCAGGGUGGCAGCUCCUGCGGGACCCCUCCUGCCUGCCUUGCUUUUGAGCCUCCUUUCUCCAGCUCUCUGCAGACAUCAGCGAAUGAAAAUGCAAGUGAGGAGCCGGGAGAUGGGGAAUACGUCAACCUGUAUUCUCCUGGUCAAAGCAACGGAGUCCCCUUGUCCUGUGAUGGUGAUUCGCCUUUGCUUGGAGACGGACACCAAAGAGCCUCAUCACAGCCCUGUGUGCCGGGCAGCGAGGGCCACGAGACCACCGAAAGGCCAGCAAAUUGCACAGAAGGACUCGAUCCAGAGGAGGAGGAGGAGGAGGAGGAAGAGGAGGAAAGUGAGGAGACGGACGAGCUUUCCCUGGUCGAUCACAAUGAGAUCAUGUCGAGGCUCACUCUGAAACAGGAGGGUGACGAUGGCCCAGAUGUGAGGGGCGGCUCAGGGGACAUCCUGCUUGUACAUGCCACAGAGACAGACCGCAAAGAUCUGGUUCUGUACUGCGAGGCUUUCCUUACCACCUACCGGACGUUCAUCUCACCAGAGGAGCUGAUCCAGAAACUCCAGUAUAGAUAUGAGAGGUUCUGUCACUUCCAGGACACGUUCAAGAAGCGAGUGAGCAAAAACACCUUCUUUGUGCUGGUGAGAGUGGUGGACGAGCUGUGCUUGGUGGAACUGACAGAUGAAAUCCUGAAGCUGCUGAUGGAGCUGGUCUUCCGACUGGUUUGUAAAGGGGAGCUCAGCCUGGCCCGGGUGCUGCGGAAGAACAUCCUAGAGAAGGUCGACAACAAGAGAAUGCAAAGGCAUUGCAACUCUGCUCUAAGGCCGCUGGCUGCCCGGGGAGUGGCUGCAAGGCCGGGAACGCUGCACGAUUUCCACAGUCAUGAAGUUGCGGAGCAGCUGACGCUUCUGGACGCAGAGCUCUUCUAUAAAAUCGAGAUUCCGGAGGUUCUCCUUUGGGCAAAAGAACAAAAUGAGGAGAAGAGUCCAAACCUGACACAGUUCACUGAGCACUUCAACAACAUGUCGUAUUGGGUGCGAUCCAUCAUCAUGCUGCAGGAGAAGGCGCAGGACCGCGAGAGGCUGCUGCUAAAAUUCAUCAAAAUUAUGAAACACCUGAGGAAGCUGAACAACUUCAACUCGUACCUCGCCAUCCUCUCCGCGCUGGACUCUGCGCCCAUCCGGCGCCUGGAGUGGCAGAAGCAGACAUCUGAGGGCCUUGCUGAAUACUGCACUCUGAUCGACAGCUCCUCCUCCUUCCGGGCGUACCGAGCCGCGCUGUCCGAAGUAGAACCUCCGUGUAUACCGUACCUGGGUCUGAUCUUACAGGAUCUCACCUUCGUGCACCUGGGGAACCCCGACCACAUUGAUGGAAAAGUGAACUUCUCCAAACGAUGGCAGCAGUUUAAUAUCCUGGACAGCAUGAGGCGAUUCCAGCAGGUUCAUUAUGAAAUCCGGCGCAACGAUGACAUCAUCUCUUUCUUCAACGACUUCAGCGACCACCUGGCCGAGGAAGCUUUAUGGGAGCUCUCCCUGAAAAUCAAACCUCGUAACAUCACGAGGCGAAAGACAGAACGAGACGAAAAAACCUAAAGUAAGGCGAAUGGGCGACGCCGCCCGGCGGACACUGAAUAUAGGGGACCUCCGAGAUACAAGCGACUGGCGGGGGUGGGGGGGUCAUUCAUCCUGGUUCCCAGUGGAUCAUUCUUUAUGCUUCUUUACCAUCAACCCGAGGCCAAACGCAGCAGCGUGUCAUCCCAUUACACGUCCAUGGAAGGGUAGACAUAUUGGAUUUUGUGCUGUGACUCGCGGACCUCCCCGGAGAAGAAGACAUGGCUGACUGGAUGUCCGCAAAGGAACCACCAAUGUGGAACCCAGAGAGUUAUUAUUUUUCUGUUUUGACAAGAAGGUUGGUUUAUUUUGGACGCCACGUUUUCCCUUCACCCCCAGCGG